AUGGAUGCUAUCAAGGCCUACAAGGAGUCACUAUUGAAGCUCGGAGCUCCAGCCCAGUUGAUAAUCUGUUUCAACUGGUGGAUAGAAGGGCGGACAGGAAGGCUCCUCUACAAAACCCUAGAUAUUUCAAGUGAGAUUGAACUAGUCAAGCAGCUGGUAAUGAUGAAAAGUCAUUGGUCCAACGUGACGGACACACUGAAACUGCUUGAAAACAAGUAUGACAGAACUGCCUUUGAUCAAAAUGAGGCAGACAUUCUGCAAUCUGAAGUUGCCGCACUAGAUAUGGUACUUCAAGCGAAGUUGGAACAGUUCAAAAGUUCCAACUACGACGUGCCAGAACUCCCAAAAGUGGACCUUCCAACGUUCAAUGGAAAUGCGAAGGAAUGGCCAACAUUUUACGAGCUGUUCUCUGAGCUAAUAGACAGCAGGAAGGAUCUCAGCAACACAAGGAAACUGGGAUAUUUAAGAGCUUGCUUAAAAGGAGACGCUCAAAUGGUGGUUAGCCAUUUGAUAACGGGAUCAGCGGCUAGCUAUACAGCAGCGUGGAAGCUUAUCUGCAAACGCUAUGAGAAUAGCAGAAAAAUAUUCUCCUAA